AUGGAGCAAACAUGUGAUGAUAUAGAUGAAAUGUUCAGCAAUUUACUUGGGGAGAUGGACAUGCUGACCCAGAGUUUAGGAGUGGAGACUGUACAACCUCCAUCCCCCAAAGUGUCCAACAAUGAAUGUAGCUUUGCAGUUGGUUUUAAAGAUUUAAAUGAAUCCCUAAGUGCCCUAGAGGACAAAGACCUGGAUGCUUUAAUGGCUGAUCUUGUAGCAGACAUAAAUGAUGUUGAACAGAGAACUUUACAAGCCCAGAAAACAACUUCUGGCAACGAGCAAAGUACUGUCACUCAGCCUUCCACAGGCUUGGAUAGUAACAUUUAUUCUAAAUCGAGUCCCUAUGUUAUGAUUACUGGACAGUUUGGGGAUGACCUGCCCCCUCCACCUCCAGACCCUGAUUUAGACCUUCCACCACCACCACCUCCUCCUGAGCCACUCACCCAGGAAGAACGAGAGGCACAGGCUAAAGCUGACAAGAUUAAACUUGCACUGGAGAAACUGAAGGAAGCCAAAGUUAAAAAGCUUGUUGUCAAGGUGCACAUGUAUGAUAACAGCACAAAGUCACUAAUGGUGGAUGAGCGUCAGGUGACACGUGAUGUUUUAGACAAUCUCUUUGAGAAAACCCAUUGUGACUGCAACGUCGACUGGUGUCUGUAUGAAAUGUACCCAGAGCUGCAAAUUGAAAGGUUUUUUGAAGACCAUGAAAAUGUUGUUGAAGUGUUAUCAGACUGGACUCGAGACACUGAGAAUAAGAUUCUGUUUUUGGAAAAAAGUGAAAAAUAUGCUUUAUUUAAAAAUCCCCAG